AUGGCGCCAUCCAAACCCACCCAAGCGGCGUCGGUCGCCAUAUUCUGUCCACAGAGCAAGGCGCCAGAUGAAGCGUAUCUGGACCAGCUGCGCACAUUUUUCAUACAACACCACCAACUGCGCAAGCUAGCAGACGACGUCCUGCGACUUAGCGAAACAUGGGAUAUUCUUGCCGCACGCAGACCCGACAUUGCUGCGCUGCACCAAGGACCCAAGUAUCUACGGGCGCUACACAGCUGGGUAGAAACUGGCGCUUCAGGACCUGUCGCGAAUGCCAUGUCCGGGAUCCUUUCGUUGCCACUGUUGGUGGUCAUUCAGACAUGUCAGUAUUUCCAGUACCUGCAGCUUGUGGGCUUGACGCACGCCGAGUUCUUGCACGGGCUCAAGAUGGGAGGCGCACAGGGAUACUGCGGUGGACUUCUACCUGCUAUUGCUGUUGCAUGUGCAAAGGACGAGGAAGAGGUGGUGCGUAUGGCGGGGAUUGCUAUGCGUAUCGCUCUUGCGGUAGGCGCGUAUGGAGAGUUAGGCGACGAUGAGAACUUGCCUGGCCCUACGACGAUUGUACUUCGUCUUCGAUAUGAGGGACAGGGCGACGAUAUAGCGAGGAAGUUUCCCGGGUCGUAUGUUUCUGCCGUCACUGACCCCAAGACCAUCAGCAUCGUUGGUCCUGUCCCCACGCUCGAGAAGGUCAUUGCGUACGCACGGGAGCUAGGUCUACAGGCGCAAGGCAUGCAUCUCAGGGGAAAGGUGCACAACCCAGAGAAUGCGGACCUAGCCCGAGAGCUCUGCGAACUGUGUGAUGGGUUCGAGAAUCUUACACUGCCGCCCUGCGAGGAACUCCAGGUUCCCGUUUACUCCAAUAUUACUGGCAGGCGGUUGCAGGGUUGCUCUCUCACACAUGAAGCCGUUCUCACCAUACUGGCAUCGCGGUGCGAGUGGUGGACGCUCCUCAACGAGCUGGCAUCCGCGCUCAAGUCCACAGGCGUUCAGUCGCACACGUUCGCCAUGUUUGGCAUUGGUGACUGCGUGCCACUGAUGCCUUUUCACCAGGCGAGGCUCAAGGUUUCCAAGAUCGACAUUCAUCGUACUAUUCGGGAAGCAGAGCUCAGCGAGUACACAUUUCCAGAAGAUGCCAUCGCAAUUGUGGGCGCUGCGUGUCGGCUCCCUGGUGCCAACAACCUGGAAGAGCUAUGGGAUCUUAUGGCAGGCGGUAUCUCUAAAGCAGAGGAGAUUCGACCAGAUCGUAUACCGUUGCAUGCGAGCUUCAGGGCAUCACAGGAUCAGAAGUUCUUUGGCAACUUUGUCGACGGGGUUGAUGGCUUCGACCACGCUUUCUUCCGCACGAAUCCGAAGGAGGCGGCGUACAUGGAUCCGCAGCAGCGCAUCCUGCUCGAGUUGGCGUACCAGGCCAUGGACUCUAGCGGCUACCUGCGGUCACACAAACGUGAGGACGGUGACAACAUAGGUUGUUUUAUUGGCGCUUCUUUCAACGAAUACCUCGACAAUACUUCAGCGCAUGCCCCGACGGCCUACACGUCGACUGGUACUAUCCGAGCAUUCCUCUGUGGUAAGAUCAGCUACUACUUCGGAUGGAGCGGACCCGCGGAAGUCAUCGAUACGGCGUGCUCGGCUUCGCUUGUUGCUAUCAACCGUGCAUGCCGGGCUGUUAUGAGUGGAGAGUGCACGCAAGCGCUAGCAGGGGGUGUCAACAUCAUGUCUGGCAUCAACAACUACAUGGAUCUGGGCAAAGCAGGGUUCCUCAGCCCGACUGGACAGUGCAAGCCUUUUGACAAGAAUGCCGACGGGUACUGUCGCGCUGACGGAGCGGGACUUGUGGUGCUAAAGUCGCUGCGGCACGCGCGAGCUGAUGGCGACAAUAUCCUUGGUGUCAUUCCUGGCGUAGCGACAAACCAGGGCGGACUCUCAGCGUCAAUCACCGUGCCUCAUUCGCCUGCACAGAUGACGCUGUACAGGCGCAUCCUCAAGCAAGCAGGGAUGAAGGCGGAACAGGUGUCGUACGUUGAGUGCCACGGAACUGGUACACAGGCAGGCGAUCCGCUUGAAAUGGCUUCAGUGCGCGAGGUGUUUUGCAGCGGUGACCGACAAGGGAACCUGCAUGUCGGAUCUCUCAAGGGCAACAUCGGACACUGCGAGACUGCAGCUGGCGUGGCAUCGCUGCUUAAGGUGCUUGCCAUGUUGCAGAAGCAGCGGAUUCCCCCACUUGCCAGCUUCAAGUCUCUCAACCCCAAGAUUCCUGCUUUGGCGCCGGACAAGAUGGCCGUGGCUAAGCAGGUGGAAGAUUGGGACGCGCCCCUACGUGCGGCAUGUGUGAACAGCUACGGUGCAGCCGGCAGCAAUUCUGCGCUCCUAUGCGUGGAAAUGAAGAAGAAGAGUGUUAGCCCAGCUGGAGAUGGUGUGGCAACAGCCAAAGCUACUGCGUGGCCUAUUGUCAUCAGUGCAGCCAGCAAAGAGUCUUUGUCACGAUACUGCCAUGCUUUGGACGAGUACCUGAGUAAAAACAGCAAUGUGGCGCUCGGCGAUGUGAGCUUCACGCUUGCGGAGCGGAGGCAGCGUCAUCGAUUCCAGCUCGCGACGACAGUGUCGGACAUGGGCAGUCUUCGCGGGGUUCUGACAGACGGACAGCUCGAGGCAAGCAUGAUUGAUGUGCCCCAGACCGCUCGCCCCGUAGUGCUAGCGUUUGGUGGGCAGAGCAAGCAGACGGUGGGGCUGGACAGAGGCUUGUAUGACAGCAGCCCCAGGCUUCGAGCUUACAUUGAAGCGUGCGACAAGAUGCUCGUCGACAUGGGGUAUGCGAGCAUCCUGCCUGCCAUCUUCUCGUCAGAGCCGCUCGCUGACGUCGUCGUGCUACAGACGGCGACGUUUGCGGUGCAGUACGCGUGCGCCAAAUGCUGGACGGACGCAGGAGUGCGUGUUGGGGCAGUUGUCGGACACAGCUUUGGAGAGCUCACGGCUCUCGCCUUCUCCGGCGCUCUCAGCCUGCGCAGUGGGCUGACGAUCGUGGCGGCGCGUGCGAAGCUCAUGGCAAGCAAGUGGGGCCCGGAGAGAGGCACUAUGCUCGCCAUCCACGCUGCCCGAGACGUCGUCGACCAGCUCAUCCGCAACGUCGGCGGCGGCAGCGAGCUGGAGGUGGCGUGCUACAACGCCGUGGCCAGCCAGGUGGUCGUGGGAUCGGCCGCCGCCGUGGAGCGUGCCGAGGCCCUGCUGGCCAGCGAUGCGCAGUUUACCAGUGUGCGCAGCCAGCGCGUCGACGUGUCACAUGGCUUCCACUCCAAGUUCACUGAGCCGCUGCUGGACGAGCUCGCGACCGUGGCGGCGUCUCUUACCUUCAGCGAGCCGAAGACGGCGCUCGAGAUGUGCGUACCCGACGACUGUGCAAAGCAGAGCGUCGGCCCGUGGCGGAUUACUCAGCACACGCGCGAGCCCGUCUACUUCGUCGACGCCGUCCGCCGCAUCGAAGCCCGGCUGGGUCCCCGCUGUCUGUGGCUUGAGGCCGGCACAGACGCGCCCAUCAUCGCCAUGGUCAAGCGCGCUGUGGCGCAGCCAGCGGACCAUGUCUUCGUCCCCAUGCGCUUCGCGGGCGCUAAGAGUGCUGCUGCCGUCUUGCCUGACGCCACCACCGCGCUCUGGCGCGAGAAACUCGACGUCUCGUUCUGGCCGUGGCUUGGCGGUCCAGCUGAGUCAGGGCUUAGUCAUGUGUACCUCCCACCCUACCACUUCGUCCGUGCCUCUGCCUGGGUCGCCAACGUCGAUCGUGCUAGCGAAGCGCGCGUCGAGGGAGAUGCAAAACCCACGGUUCAGCCGGAGAAGCUCCAAUCGCUGCUCGUCACCCAACAGCAGUCGGGCUCCCUGACAUUCACCGUCAAUAUCGCCUGCAAGCGCUUUCGCGACAUUGUCAGCGGCCAUGCGGUGCGCGGUCGUCCGCUGUGCCCGGCCUCCAUGUACAUGGAGUGCGCCGUCAUGGCUCUGCAGUGCCACCUCGGCUCUCGCUUCGACAAAGCCUCCGCUCUGUCCUUUGAGAAGCUCACCUUUGAACAUCCCCUGGGCGUCGAUCUAAGCCGUGAUGUAUCCGUUGUGCUGGGCGAAACUGCUGAGCCCGGACUAUGGACCUUUCAACUGCGCAGCUCAGCCAAGUCGUCCGCCAAUUCGCGUUUCUCUACACACGGCCGCGGCAAGGUCCGACUCGGCAGCCCUCCACAGCUGCAUACAUUCAAACACCUCAUCGCUGAGUGCGUCGAAGAUGUCGGCAAGAAGCACGGAACAGAGACCCUAUUAUCCAAACGCGCAUAUGGCUUGUUCUCACAGGUCGUCACCUACGCGCCCCUCAUGCGUGGCAUCCAGUCCAUCACCAUGGACGGCACUCGAGCCAUUGCCAGCAUCAAAGUUCCAUCCCCUCAUGUUGCCCUUGACGACAGUUCCGCCAUUGCGCUCUGUGAUACUGUCUCAAUAGACACCUUUAUCCAGGUUGUGGGCCUCCUCAUCAACAGCAGUGACGCCUGCAUUCCUGACCAUGUAUUCGUCGCCACUGGCGUGGAGAGCGCUACGCUGUCUCAAACCUGCGAUUUUACUGCCACCGACACCUGGAAUGUGUACGCCGUGUUCAGGUCUACCAGCGAGACAACGGCCACAGGUGACGUCUUUGUCAUGACCACUGAAGGCAACAUGGCUCUGACUGUCAUGGAUGUCAACUUCACCCGACUGCCCAUAGCAACACUGGAGAAGCUGCUAGACACGGCAAAUUCUGCACCUGCUGCCAAAAAAGAAAGCGCUCCCAAACAUGCUGCACCUACAGUCCCAAGCCGCCGUGCAGUGCCCGAGUUGGUGACUGCAGACGAUCCUCAAGCAUACAGCUCCUCUAGCAGCGAAGACGGCAUUGCCACUCCAUCUGGCGAGCAAGAUGACGGCAGUCUGCGCAAGAUGAUUGCUAUGUACACCGGUGUAUCAUCAGAUUCUAUCGCCACACAGGCCACCAUGGCGGAUUUGGGAGUCGACUCUCUCGCAGCUGUUGAGUUUGCCGAGGAUCUACGCUCGCAAUUUGGAAAGGACAUCGAGCCGGUGGACCUCCUUUCAAGCGAUCUCGAUGCCUUGUCCAAGCUUUGCCUGGCUCCAGUGUCAAAGCCGCUACUCAUGAAGAAGUUGACCAAAGCCAUUGUAGUCCCGGUGGCUCCUGCUCUUCCGGCGACUGCAACUAUAACUAACGACUGUCGAAAGCGCCUCCUCCAAAUCGUUUCAGACGCUUGUGGCGCCCCUGCUUCGGAUAUCAAAGACUCGGAUACGCUCCGCGAUCUGGGUGUUGACUCCCUGGCGUCAGUGGAGCUGAGCAGUGAUCUAGAGGAUGCUUUCUCUACUCAGAUUGACGACAACGAUGUGCAUCUCGACUCCACUAUUGCUGAGAUCAUUACCUACCUGGGAAUCAAGGAUGCGAACGGUCAAAGCUCGCUGGCCGUGUCCAUCUCAACACCGAUGCCUAGUUCGGCGCAUACCACCAGGUCUCACUCUCCAGUCGCGGCGGUCGCUCCUCGAAAAGAGUCCAACACAACCCGCCAACGCGUGCUUCAGAUAAUAUCGGAUGCAUGUGGCGCCCCUAUCGAGGCCAUGGGCGAUGAUGAAUUACUUCGUGACCUCGGUGUCGACUCGUUGGCAGCGAUGGAGCUCAAGAGUGAGCUCGAAGACGCGUUUGAUGUCGAGCUGGACGAUAGUCUACUCGAUUUAUCCGUCUCUGAAACUGUCAAAAGCUGUGGAGGUGCUCCUAUAGAGCCUGUCAAUCUACCCACAAUCCUUAAAAUGGCGGCCGCUAGCCUGAGUCCGCCACCCAAAACCGCCGGCAGCAAGUCCUCAACGCUGCCCGCUGACAUGGCAAGCCCAUUUGAAUCUCUUGUCAUCAGUGAAAGUGAUCACACUACCAAGGCAAGAAUGUGUGGGUUUCAAGAUUUUGGGGCUACGGUAGCCCCCCGACAAGAUGAGCUCAUGCUAGCCUAUAUUGUUGAGGCCUUUGCGGAGCUCGGCGUUGAUUUGCACGCCCUGAAAGAGGGAGCCUCGUUGCCACCACUGGCUUAUCGAAGUAAGCACGCUUACGAUCGACUUAUGCAGAGGAUCUGGGUCAUUCUGGGCAAACAUGGAUUGGUGAAAACAAUUAGCACAUCACAUCGCGUGAGAGGACCCGCGAAGUGCCCGCAAAGCACUUCGAUCGAGCUUCUUCUGAAGAUGCGGCACGAUUUCCCCGCAUAUCGAUGCGAAUUUUCCUUGAUGAACUUGACUGGAUCCCAGCUUGGGCAAUGUCUCGCUGGAAAACAGGAUCCAAUCGCCCUUAUGUUCAAGACACGGGAUGCGCAAGCCAUCAUGGAAGACUUUUAUCUAACUUCCCCCAUGCUCGCCACAGCCACAGAGAUGCUUGUAGACACCAUUAUGGAUGCUGUCUCCAGGUCCAAGGUCAACAAUCCCAUCAACAUCUUGGAGAUUGGAGCGGGCUUUGGCGGAACAACAAGAAAGCUUGUGCAACGUCUGGACAGCUUGAGCCGAUCUGUUAACUACACUUUCACCGAUAUCUCCCCCACACUUGUCAGUCGUGCGCUGAAGGUAUUUGCGGACCAAUAUCCAUGGUUGCAAUUCCAGACGUGGAACAUGGAACAUACGCCUCCCAACGCUCUCUCUGCAACAGGUCCUUUCGACAUCAUCAUCGGCACUAACUGUGUCCACGCUACUCAAGAUCGCACCGCUACUCUCAACCGCCUGAAGGGACUGCUACAACCUUCAGGCUUUGUCGUUCUUUCAGAAGUGACAGAGAUCGUAGACUGGUACGACAUCACCUAUGGCUUGCUAGACAGCUGGUGGGCCGAUAAAGAUGGUUGUUACCCUCUUCAAUCUGCUGAAGCUUGGAUGAGGUGUUUCAAGAAUGCUGGAUUUGCCGUUGCAUCAUUCUCGCAGGGUUCCAGUGUCGAUCUGAACACACAAAGAUUGCUCAUUGCCAGCAUGAGAAAAGACAUAGAAGCGCCAAAACGCGCACCGCCACAACCGACGUUGGAAAGUGUUGUUUACAAGACGGCCGAUGGCGUGGAUAUUCAUGCCGACGUUUUCUUUCCAAAGCAGCCGCCCGCCAGCGCCAUGCCCAUUGGUGGGUCUCUCUGA